GCACAGCAACUUGGGGUGGGCUGAGCAGCAAACUGCUGCCCCAUGAGGUGCACAGCCCCGAGCCCAGGCUCCUCCUGCAGUGCCUGGGCCUGAUUCAUAUUGGCCCUCAUUGUUAUCUCUCCUGUUCACAUGUUUUUUUUUUUUCCUCUUUGUUAGCCUGCUUUCCUUCCUUGUUUUUAAAGAAUAGCUUAUCUGUGUGCCCCAGAAGGGUGUGACUUGGGGAGAUCACAGCAAGCUGAAGUUCAGCAGCUGACUGCAGGAACACACGCUGAGGUUUUCACACACGGCGAGCACCCGGAGAUAUAUGAGAUGUGUGCAAUUGGGAGAGCGACUGCACUCCUGCUUCAGCCCCCCAGCACCCUGCUCAAGGACAGUCACUGCACCACAACAGCGCCUCAGCGCAUGUGCUGUGUGCACCUGGUGACCAGCUCUGGGUCACAUUGCUGGGCCAGAACGUGCAUCUGAGCUCUGAUAUGACGUGAGCAAACCAGAGCUGGUCCCAUCACACCGUGGCACGCUUUCCUGCCUCGUGUGCGUGUGUGCAACCCUGUCACCUCAUUGGGUUGUUGCAAAGCUUCUGAGUGAUCAAGUUCUUUUUCUACCUCAGAGUGCAGUGCCUGUGCUGCUGCCACUCCGAACACUGCAGGAGGAAACUGGUUUUCGGUUUGGUUUUGUUUGUUGAAGAGGAGCUUUAUGAUGGGUGACAGAGCAGAGCCUCUGAUGACUGUGCAUCUUCUGGCCAACUCAGGAUACUCGGCGUUCCUGCAGCAAGCUCUGGAUCGUCUCAUGGAUUGGAUCUGCCCAGAUGUUCCACUUUUCUUUGUGUCCGAGCGAGCUGCUCCACUGAAAUACUACGAGAGGUAUCGCAGGAGGAACUGCGGCUUUCCUGGGAUAUCUGUCCUCCUUUUUCUGCAUGAGGACCUGGGAGAAGAGCGGAUCCUCCAGAUCCAGGAUCUCCUCCAGCGCCCACCCUGGCACCACCAGUGUGUCCCUACCACCUGGGCACGAAGCCCUCCCCACACACCAGCUCUGCAGGACUUUUAUGGCUUGGAUGACCAGAUGCCGGUGUGGGGCAUCCGGCGGGUGGGCUGCAGCCCCGAAAUCCUGCGUGUGACCCUCUACUUCAGCUUUGAUAACUACGACGAUGCAGUGGGGCUGUACGAGAUGAUCCUACGGAAAGAAGCAACCACACGGAAAAGCAAUUUCUGUGUCUUCAUGCUCUAUGCCACUAAAGCUAUUGCGGUCCAGCUCUGCCUGAAGCAGCUGCCCAUUGGGAUGGCUGCUGAGCCCAAGGAGUCGUCGCUUUUGCAGUUCAAGGUGCAAGAAAUGGGGCAGCUGGUGCCUCUCCUGCCCAAUCCAUGCGUUCCUAUCAGCAGCACCAGGUGGCAAACACAGGACUACGAAGGAAAUAAAAUUCUGCUUCAGGUGCAGGACAGCUCCAAGCAGAGGGAAACAAGCUCUGUGCUUCCCAACCGGCGCAGUGCUGUUGCUGUGGAUGGACUGCUGCACAGCCCUAUUGCAGCCCCUCUCCCCACUCUGUGCAGCGCUGAGCAGGGAGGCCAGCAGGGCUGGGCCCUGAGGGGCAGGGUGACACCCGUGCCAGGCCAUGCCCUCCCCAUGCAGCAGCCCAAUGGGAGCCUCUCUGGCUCUUCUCGGGGCACCACGAUGCUCUCCCGCCAUGUGCCCAUGAGCAGCAGGCAGCAGAAGGGCUGGCCAUGCCGGCCAGCAGCAGAAACCAACGUGGACACGGGGCUGGCUGUGGGCAGAACUGUGGGCUGUCACUGCUCACUGCAGCACAACCUUGUGCAGCCAUGGGUGCUGAGUACGGCCUGCACCGCCUCGCACUGUGCACAGCCACCAUCUGCUGUGGCCAACAGGAGGAAAGCAGCGGGACACGGGGCUCCAGGCUCCCGUGUGCAAACACGGAGAGACAGCCCUGGGACCAGGCCUGAGGAGGAAGAGGAGUUCUUCAUAUGACUGGAAACAAGCACAUGGCAGGCUCCUCAUUUGAGUGCUAUCAACGUGAUUUUGUCUGCAAGCACAGCAGCUGGGCUGUGUGUGGGGCGAUGGAAACCUUGAGUGGGUCUGAAACAACAGAAGAUGUGAGGCUGUGGGAUCAAAGGACCUGCUGAAGAGCAAACAGGGCAGGAGAAAGAAAUGAAGCCAUGCAGGAUGCAAGGAUGUUGAAAUGAUGUGAGCUGCUGCUGGUGGGGUGCAGGCAGCACGUGAUUUGUGAUCUGCUUAUUUCACUGGAUGCUUAACAAAGAAACUCAAACUUUACACCCGCGUUUUCCUAUGAUCUAUAAAGGUAGUGCUUUCCAGAGAGGUUUGGUGAGCUGGGAGGGCAGUGUAGCAGAGCACAGUGACUGUGCUGCAGCAGUGGACGAGGAGAACGGGUGUGGAAGCCUGGGGUCAUCAGUCUGGUUGUGGGAGUGGGAUUCCUGGGACGAGUGGCUUUAAACAGGCACUUUAAUAUGACCGAGUCGUGGAGGGAUGGGAGCACUGCUCUGGGUGUGGGCAUGAAGGCAUGGGGCUCUGUGGGGCCAGCACCACAGCACUGGCAGGCAACAGGCAAUGCCAUCCCUGGCUCGUUCUGCUGUAGACUGUGCCCUCCUGCUGAGCGAGCGGCUGGUGAGCUUGGCUCCUUUGGGAAGGCAGCCCUGAGUGCACUGCUCUGCCCUCAGUUUUGUGCCAAAUCGCCAGUUGGUGCCUCUACAGACUCAGGAACCGCGGAGUCGUGGCACUGAGGGACACGGUGGGGACGGACUGACAAUCGGACUGGAUGCUCUUAGUAGACUUUUCCAACCUUAAUGAUUCUAUGACUCUAAGAACGCUCUAAGCUGCUGGUGCGGGGCUGCAGCUCCUCCUGGUGCCCACCCGCAGCCCUGCAGCGCUCCCGACCCGGCCCCUUCCCUGGCUGCUCUGUUCGCCUCCGUGCCCGCUCCAUCCGCCCGGUACGCAGCAGUAAAAGAGACAAUAAUAACAAA